CCUCCCUCGUCCACUUCACAAACGAGAAAGCAACAAAAUGUUGGAAGUAAUUUAUGUGACAAGGCAUGGCUUCCGCUCGAAUUGGGUCGUCGACGCCGAGACAGGCGUCUACUCAGCGUCCAUUCCUUCACCAACCGGAAUCGCCAGCGACCCUGCGCUGGCAGGAUAUGGGGUCAGCCAAGCACGCGAACUUGCAGAUCAUCUUGUCACCGUGGAUCCUCCUAUAGAUGUCUUUUACUCUUCUCCGUUUUAUCGUUGCAUUCAAACCAUAUAUCCGACCAUCGAAAAGGCCGAGGCACUGAAACCUUCAGUGCCGAAACGCACCGUUCGCGGGGAUACAGGGGUGGGGGAGUGGUAUGGUACAGCAAGAUUCGAUCACCCUUCGCCAGCCACACCAGAUGUAUUAAACGGCCUAUUUUCUCUGUAUGAUCUUCAACACAAGUCAUCCAUUGUUCCUAGUGUGAACGGAGAGACAAUUGACGAGCUGCAUGACCGGACAGCCUAUGCUCUCCACAAAAUUAUUGAACAGAGUGACAAAGAUGGAGUCAAAGCAAUUCUAAUCUGCAGCCAUGCGGCGACGAUUUUAGCAAUUGGGCGAGCGCUGACAGGCAGAAUGCCCGAGGAUAUUGCGGAGCAAGAUUUCAAACCAUUUACUUGCGGGUUGAGCAAGUUUGUGAGGAAGGCAGGGGAAUCAGCGAGCGGAGAAGUCGAUUUAUGGGAAGGCCCAGGUGCAAAAAUACCGAAAGUUUCUUGGAGAAACGGAAAUGGCGUUUCAGGCGGAUGGACAUGCGAAUUAAAUGGAGACUGCUCAUUCUUAAGUGGCGGCGAGGAGCGCGGGUGGCGUUUUUCGGGAGACGAAUCAUUUAUGACAACCUCCACAAAUGGUGCUACAGUUGAUGCUGGAACUGGACUAGGUGUGGUUGUUGAAGGAAAUAAGAAAUCAGAUCGUCAGCCAUCAUCACCUGGAGGAUCGAGGCUUUGAGACCAAGCAUUUGAACCCCACCCCAAAUCAUGUAAUGCUCUAACAAGCUCAUGGUCAAGCAAUACGAUAACUAUUUAUUGUGUCCUAGAGUGCUAAGGGGUUGCCCGGUAAAAGUGCAGGACACAGGCACAAUGACAGUAGAAUGUUGUACAAUGCCAUUUAUGAGGGCUUUUCUAGAUAGAGCUACAGUUGUCCUUGAUUCUAGUUUAAAAUGAAGCAGCCUCCAUAUGUAUAUACUCUAUAUAGAUAUUAUAUAUGCACUCUAAAAGCCAGCAGCCUCUGUUGCCUUUGGAAACGAAGGGGCGUCGAGGUUGCUCCUGCAAUCUUGUUUCCAAUCCUUUGGGGUGAACUUGUCGACAAUGGCCUUGAAUGUUGCCUUGUUUACUGGUUAGCAAGUCUCUCUAUAUAAGCUGGUUAGAACUCACCAAAGUGCAGAAGCUCUCAUCUCCGUCCAAGUGGUUCCCAAGUAGUGCGCAGCCGGGAAUAUACAUAGGCUUAUCAUUAUACCUGAUUCGGACGUAGUAGCCAUCCAACUUCUCUUUCUCGGUAUCAUUAAGCUCUUCGAUCCUCUUCCUGGAGAUUCCGGUCGGUGCAAUGUUCUGGUUCGCGGCUCCCUUCGAAAACCACCCAAACCAGCUUUGUUUUUCAGAUUUUGGCAAGACUGACUGCACAGUGUUUGGCGCAAGUUGAUCCUUUGAGGAUACUUGGCGAACUGGCUGAUCUUCUCGCUUGAAUAGCUCGAGGGCAACGUGGCUUGUAUAAGGAGGCCAUUUCUCGCCAUCAAACGCACCCAAGCUCGUAAGAAUAGCUGCAAGAGUAGUAUCGUGGCAACCGCUCAAGCCGAGUUUAAUAUCCUGUUCACCAUCUGUUGCUUUGGUAAUUGGGCCAUUACUUGCCCCAUCACUGUUGCCGUUCCUCUCAACAUGACCAACCAUUCGCUGACAGAUGUCACCCAUUAGCCCUCCGAUUCCAAGAGCACGAUACUCCUGGGACUCCUUGUAUCCACUGAACCAUUCUUCUACCCCUAUUUUCUCUAUAAUUUCUCUUCCCUUGUCGUCGUAGAACUCGUUCGGUAAACGCGUCUCCGGGCCAUGGGCAAGGGUUGAGUUUAUGGUGUCCAUGAUUCCAGAGAGCCUCGGGCGUGAAUCCACUGCUACACCUUUGCUUGGAUCCGGCAUCCACUUUCCAAUCUUUUUCGUCAGGUAUGCCAUUUCGGUUGUAUCGUUCCAACGAUCGGCUGUGCGUUGCGCGAAGGCUCGCGAGAGCAUGGCAAAUCGUCUGCAGUUCCCAUCGUUCGGAAAAAGGGUCUCAUCUGACGGAUUUCUCGUUAUGAUUGUUGGAGGAGGAAACGAUGCGGAGCGUGUGUCUGAUGGGUAUAAACCCCAGAACGCUUCUUGCAUAGAUUCCAAGGCACGAGGUAUCGGAGUAGCGCGGAGAUAUAUCAUGUCUCCAUUGCUUAUCGUGGAGGGCAUGAAAUUCAAUUGGUCUACAUACAGGUGUCGCAGGCGCUUUCCAAGAGCAAGAGUUGUUCUCCUCCCAGUGUCGGUCAGCUCUCCCAGGUUGCAAAUGGCAUCAACUUCCCCCUCUGGCCCCGAAGCUAUGACGGGGUUGUCCUUAGGCCCAAAUGUUUCGAGGCGUCGUUUCCAUUCCAAGGUUCCCCAUUGGGAGCUUUUGCUAUUCAAUGUUGCAUUCAGCAACUGUUGCGCUACCGAGCAAUACGGCCAGAAAGGCGCAAGGCCAGCGUUUUGGAAGCGAGCUGAUACUGGGCUUCGUUCGCCAUGGCGUAAUAGGACCUGGACCUGUUGAAGCUUUAGAGAGCUUGGGUAGAGCUUUGCAAGCUCCUCGUCCGAGUAAGGUGCUCUGGGGCGUAGAGUUGUCAUAUCUUCAUCCCGUAUUUCUAGUUUGGAAGGUGUUGUU